AUGGAGCUCUCCUCAACCCCUCUCCACAAAGGCCAGCUAGCCUGGAGGGGACUCUUGCUGGCAGCCUCACUUUUGAUCAUCUGGAGCUCUCCCACCAUGGCCCAAGUCACUGUGGAAGCAGUUCCACCCCAUGUUGCUGAAGGGGCGAAUGUUCUUCUACUUGUCCACAAUCUGCCAGAGACACUCCGAGUCUUUUACUGGUACAAGGGAGAAAAUACAGACAACAGUAAUGAAAAUGAAAUUGCGCGAUUUAUAACGUCAGAUAAUGUAAAUAAAACAGGGCCUGCAUGCAGUGGCAGAGAGACAAUAUACCCCAAUGGAUCCCUGCUCUUCCAGAACGUCACUCAAAAUGACACCGGAGCCUACACGUUGCAAAUGCUAACGCAAAGCUAUGAUAAUAUGAAAGUAUCCGUGAAGUUCCAUGUCCACCCACCGCUACCCAAGCCCAGCAUCACAAGCAACAAUUCCAAUCCCAUGGAGGGUGAGGACUCAGUAGCAUUAAUGUGUGAACCUGAGACUGAGAAUACAACCUACCUGUGGAGGAGAAAUGGCCAGAGCCUCUCAGAAGGUGACAGGCUGAAGCUGUCUGAGGGCAACAGGACUCUCACUUUACUCAGUGUUGUGAGGAAUGACACAGGACCCUAUGAGUGUGAAACCCGGAACCCAGUGAGCAUCUCCCGAAGUGACCCAUUCACUCUGAACAUUACCUAUGGUCCAGAUGUCCCGAACAUAUCCCCCUCAAAUAUUCAUUUUCAUUUAAGGACAAACCUCAGCCUCUCCUGUCAAGCAGCCUCUAACCCACCCGCACUGUACUCUUGGUUUGUCAAUGGAGAGCUCCUGUCAUCCUCCCAAGAGCUCCUUAUCCCCAACAUCACUACUAAUAAUAGUGGAUCCUAUACCUGCUUGGUCUAUAACUCUGUCACUGGCCUCAAUAAGACUGCAGUCAAGAACGUUACAGUCUUUGGUAAGUGGAUCUCUGAAAUGUCAGCGACAGUGACUACACCCUCCAUCCAAGUCAGCAGCACCACAGUCAAAGAACUGGACUCUGUCUCCCUGAACUGCUCCUCAAAUGACACUGGGAUCUCCAUCCAUUGGCUCUUCAAUAGCCAGAGUCUGGUGCUCACGGACAGAAUGAAGCUGUCCCUGGACAACAGCACCCUCAGCAUAGACCCUGUCUGGAGGAAGGAUUCCGGGAAGUAUCAGUGUGAGGUCUCCAAUCCAGUCAGUUCUGAGAGGAGUGACCCCAUCCAGCUGGACAUAAUAGAGCCAGUGACAAAACCCUCCAUCCACGUUGGCAACACAACAGUCAAAGAACUUGACUCUGUGUCCCUGAACUGCUCCUCAAAUGACACCGGGAUCUCCAUCCAUUGGCUCUUCAAUGGUCAGAAUCUGGAGCUCACUGACAGAAUGAAGCUGUCUCUGGACAACAGCACCCUCAGCAUAGACCCUGUCAGGAGGGAGGAUUCUGGGGUAUAUCAGUGUGAGGUGUCCAAUCCAGUCAGUUCUGAGAGGAGUGACCCCAUCCAGCUGAACAUAAUAAGUGAGUGA